GCUCUGAGGCCCGCGUGGGGAGGCCGCCCCCCGGAGCCGGACUACGCUGCUGCGCCUCCCCGGCCUGGCUGCUCCCUGAAGCCCUUGGAGCCCCCUCCUCCUCCCGUUCUCUGUGGGCCUCCCCCUCCCUUUCCUCCCCUUUUCUCCCCUGGCGGGGGAACGUUGAGUUUUCUCAGCGGAACCUUCCUGUCGGAGGUUCCUGUUUCCCGCCCGGGGGGCCCUGGCGGUCACGCCGGCCGGGAGGGGGAAGCUUUCUGGCGCGGACCCCGAGCGGAGGCUGUGAGUGCCGCCGACUGAGGAGAGGCGCCGCGCGGCCGGAGGGAGCUAGCCAGCAGCGCCCGGGCCCGGCGGGCCUCCUCCUGCCGCUGCCGCCGUCCGUAGCCGCCCUCCUCGGCCUGAGCAGCUCCGCGCGGUGCGGCCCGGCUCGGCCCCGCUAGACCCGGCCCGGCCCAGCCAAGCCCGGCUUACCCGUCCCGGCCUGGUCCUUCGCGGCCCAGCCUGGCCGGGGACAGCUCAGCCCCGGCGCGGGGAGGUCUGUCCCACUGUAUACCAUGAGUAGGUAAUGCACAGUGACAACUAUUGGGAGCCAUGUCAGACGAGUCAAUCUCAGGGAGUGAUCCAGACUUGGACCCAGACUUGGAGCAGGAGGAUAUGGAAGAGGAGGAGGAGGAGGAGGAGGAGGAGGCAAUGGAGGAGGGCAAUGAUGGAGAUGAUGAGGAAGAUUUGCUUGAUGAGAAUGACCAGUCCAGAGAAGGCGUGUAUGGCACUGAACAUACCCAGUCUGAAGAAGAUGGGGAAUGGCAGCACUCUACUUCAACUACCUCAUCUCAGAGCAAAAGGGCAGAGCGCCUUGGUCAGAACCAGCGCAAGAACCUGACCUCUGAGGACACCAAAAAAAAGAGGGCUCAGAAACCUUACCACAUGAGGAGAAACAUAAGAAAGCUGCUACGAGAGGAUCAAUUGGAGGCAGUCACCAAAGCAGCUCAACAAGAAGAGUUGGAAAGAAGAAAACGGCUGGAACAGCAGAGGAAGGACUAUCCUGCCCCUAUCCCUACUGUACCACUAGAGUACCUCCCAGAAGAAAUUGUUUUACGAGCAGGCGAUGCUUCCCAGCUCCCCCCUCAGGUUUUAGCCCAAGAAGUUAUUUGUUUGGAUAGCACCAGCAGUGGGAGUGAGGAGGAAACAAAGGGAAUACUGCAUGGCAUUAAAGAUGAAGUGAUCGAACUUAGCUCCGGAGAGGAUGAGGCCCUUCAAAUUGUGGACAGUAGCGAUUCUGCCAAUGAAGGGGAUGGUGAUGCCACAGAGGAGAGCAGUGGCUCCCAUGUGAAUGAUGCCUUAAAUCAGUCAGAUGCUCUGGGGCAAGUCAUUGUCAACAUCAACCACCCACCUAAUGAGGAAAAUAUCUUCCUAGCCCCACAGUUGGCACGUGCAGUGAAACCUCAUCAGAUAGGUGGAAUCCGAUUCCUGUAUGACAACCUGGUCGAGUCCCUUGAGAGAUUUAAAACCAGCAGUGGAUUUGGCUGUAUUCUGGCUCACAGUAUGGGUCUGGGGAAAACUCUACAAGUGAUCUCCUUCCUAGAUGUCCUUUUCCGACACACAGAAGCCAAGACUGUUCUUGCUAUUGUACCGGUGAACACUCUUCAGAAUUGGCUGGCAGAGUUCAACAUGUGGCUCCCAGCACCUGAAGCUCUACCUGCUGACUACAAACCUGAAGAGGUUCAGCCACGCUUCUUUAAAGUUCACAUUCUGAAUGAUGAACACAAGACAACGGCUGCUCGUGCUAAAGUGGUGACUGAUUGGGUGUCGGAGGGCGGGGUGCUGCUGAUGGGGUAUGAAAUGUACCGACUCCUCUCCCUGAAGAAAUCCUUUGCUACAGGUAGGAAGAAGAAAACCAAGAAAACUGCUUGUCCCGUAAUCAUCGACCUGGAUGAGGAGGACCGACAACAAGAACUCAUGAAAGGCAUUGAGAAGGCCCUUUCCCGUCCUGGCCCUGAUGUGGUGAUUUGUGAUGAGGGGCAUCGAAUCAAGAAUUGCCAUGCCAGUACAUCCCAGGCACUAAAAAAUAUUCGGUCUCGUCGUCGGGUGGUGUUGACUGGGUACCCCCUCCAGAACAACCUCAUUGAGUAUUGGUGUAUGGUGGACUUUGUACGCCCUGAUUUCCUAGGCACCCGGCAGGAGUUCAGCAAUAUGUUUGAGCGCCCCAUUCUCAAUGGGCAGUGUAUUGACAGCACUCCUCAGGAUGUUCGACUCAUGCGGUACCGAAGCCAUGUUCUUCAUAGCCUCCUGGAAGGAUUUGUACAGAGGCGAGGCCACAGUGUGCUGAAGAUACAGCUUCCAUACAAAGAAGAGCAUGUAAUCCUAGUGAGACUCUCCAAAAUCCAACGGGCUUUGUACACCGAAUUUAUGAAUCGUUUCCGUGAUGCUGGCAACAGUGGCUGGCUGGGGCUCAACCCUCUCAAGGCUUUCUGUGUGUGUUGCAAGAUCUGGAAUCAUCCUGAUGUGCUACAUGAAGCUCUUCAGAAGGAGAACCUUGCCAAUGAGCAGGACUUGGAUGUAGAUGACCUCAGCACAGCUGGGACCAAUGCCCGCUGCCAGACCCAGGGAAUCAAGGUCAAAACUGAGGGUAGCACUUUGGCACCCUCAGGGGGAGAGGCAACGAACAGCAAAUUCCUUCAAGGGGUAGGAGGCUUCAACCCCUUUCAGGAGCGAGCCAACCAGGUUGUCACUUACGAAUGGGCCAAGGACAUCCUAUGUGAUUAUCAGACUGGAGUCUUGGAGAACUCACCCAAAAUGGUGCUGCUCUUCCACUUAAUUGAAGAAAGUGUGAAACUUGGGGACAAGAUCCUUGUAUUCAGCCAGAGUCUUUCCACCUUGUCUGUUAUUGAGGAGUUCCUGGCCAAGAGACUAAUGCCCUGCCUGCCUAGCUCAGAUGGGCAAAGAGAUCAGAAUUGGGUUCGAAACUUCAGCUAUUACCGACUAGAUGGUAGCACCUCGGCUUCUGAAAGGGAGCGUCUCAUUAACCAAUUCAAUGAUCCCAACAACAGCUCUGUUUGGCUCUUCCUCCUUUCUACACGAGCUGGAUGCUUGGGUGUGAAUCUGAUUGGUGCCAACCGAGUUGUGGUGUUUGAUGCCUCCUGGAAUCCUUGUCAUGAUGCUCAGGCAGUGUGUCGUGUGUACCGCUAUGGCCAGAAGAAGCCUUGUCAUAUCUACCGUCUGGUGUCUGACUACACUCUGGAGAAGAAAAUCUAUGACCGGCAGAUUUCCAAACAAGGAAUGUCAGAUCGGGUAGUAGAUGAUUUAAAUCCAGUGCUAAACUUCACCCGGAGGGAGGUGGAAAACCUGUUGCAUUUUGUAGAAGAGGAGCCAGACCCUGCCCAGCUGGCACUAAAUAUGAAUAAAAUCAAGGAUUCUGUCUUACAACUUGCCUGUCUCAAGUACCCUCACCUCAUCACCAAGGAGCCUUUCCAGCAUGAGUCAUUGCUCCUGGAUCGCAAGGAGCACAAGUUGACUAAGGCAGAGAAAAAAGCAGCAAAGAAAAGCUAUGAAGAAGAGAAGCGUGCAUCUGUCCCUUACACACGUCCGUCCUAUGCUCAGUAUUAUCCUGCCAGUGACCAGAGCCUGACCAGUAUCCCUGCCUUCAGCCAGAGAAACUGGAGGCCAGCCCUGAAAGGUGACGACAAGCCUGUGGCCAGUGUCCGCCCUGUGCAGUCAACCCCCAUCCCUAUGAUGCCCCGGCAUGUCCCACUGGGCAGCUCAGUCCCUGCCUCAGCAUCCAACCCAGCAGUUAAUUUCCCCAUCAACUACUUACAACGUGCAGGGGUUCUUGUACAGAAGAUAGUUACAACAACAGAUAUUGUCAUUCCUGGCACAAACAGCUCCACAGAUGUGCAGGCAAGGAUCAGUGCUGGCGAGAGCAUCCAUAUCAUCCGCGGCACAAAGGGGACAUAUAUCCGGACCAGUGAUGGGCGGAUUUUUGCCAUCAGGACAACUGGAAAACCAAAGGCUGAUGAUGAUCGCCGGACAGCUGCCUCAGGAUCCCAGGGUCCGUCUCUAGAGUCCACAAGCAAUGGCAGACAUAGUGCCUCAUCGCCCAAACCCCCCAACACAGAGGAUCUGGCCAGACCUAUUUCCCCUGACAGCCCUGAGAUCAUCAGUGAAUUGCAGCAGUAUGCAGAGGCUGCAGCUGCUCGAGAGACCCAUCACAUCUCGCCUAGCACCAACCCUGUCUCCUCGGGUCCCCCAGUCCGGCCUCCAGACAAUAAUGCAGUCCCUGGGACAGCUCGAGGGCCUGAGCCUCGCUUAGGGAGCCAUUGCCUGGCUCUUUCCCUCCCGGCCACCAGCCAGCCCAGUGAUGGGCACCCAGUACUGGACUUACGGGGCAACAAACGCAAGUCGGCCUCGCCACCUGCCACAGAGGAGCCAGCCCGCCGGCCGCCCAAAAAGUGCCAGCUGCCAGCCCCCGUGCAGCCGUAUGAACACGGGUACCCAGUUUCCAGUGGAUUUGCCAUGCCUCCAGUCUCUUUAAACCACAACCUCACCCAUCCCUUUACCCCCCAGGCGGGGAACUCCUUCUACAUGGGCACUGGCUCCUCCUAUUACCAGCUGCCCAAUCUGCUGGCAGACUCUCCCCUGGUAUUCCCAGUGACUACUGACCCCCUCCUGCCAGCUGGCCCAGUCAGCUCUUCUUCUGCUGCUACCUCAGCCACUGCCAGUGUCCCUUCCUUCAUGCUAAACCCCUCUGUGACGGGGAUGUUGCCCAGCUACUCACUCCCCUUCACACAGUCUCUCCUGCCCGAGCCCAGGAUGUUUGCACCCUUCCCCUCCACCAUUCUGCCCGGCAGCCUUGCCCGGGGCAUGUCAGUCUAUCCAGGCUAUAUGUCCCCCCACUCGGGGUACCCAGCUGGCAGUCUUCUACGGUCCCAGGUGCCUCAUUUUGACUCCCACGAGGUCUCGGAGGUGGGGUGCAGUUCCAAUGAGGAUGAGGACAAGGACGAUGAUGUGAUAGAGAUCACGGGGAAAUAGCUGGGGAGCCCCCACCACCUUACUCUGGUCCCACAAUGGGCUUCCCACUGGGAUUGGAGGGCAAAGAUUAGAGCUCUGAAGAUAGGGCCCAGAGAGGGAGAAUAGUAGGUGGGACAGGGGCUGUCUAUCAUUCUUAAAUAUCAGGGGUCUGUGCUGUUUAGCAAAGAAGGAGAAAAUUCAGACUGCUACAGAAGAGGAAGAUUGAGGACUGGGGACCAGGAGAGAACAUCCUGCCUUCUUCCCAACCUGUGCUGUCUGCCUGCCUGCCUGAAUGGAAGAUUACAUGUAAAGCUUGGUUCUUCUGGCUUAAGUAUGGAGACUUCCAUCCAACUUCUGGCUUUUGGGAGCUGCCUUACUGGGUGACUUAGCCUGACCUGGGGAGGCCAGGGGGAGAGUGGAGAGGAAAGGCAAAGGGAGAAGGGAAGGUAGACUCAGAUCCCAUUUGAAGUGGUGAUAUUUCUUGGGGAUGAAGCAAGAAUUUAGCUAGAAGUCGUGUGUGUGUGUGUGUGUGUGUGUGUGUGUGUGUGUGUGUGUGUGUGUGUGUGUGUGACACAGCAUAGUAGGAGGGAAGGAAGGGUUCUGGGGGAUAGGGGCUGGGGAGAACUUGAAAUUUUCUUAAUUGAAAUUAAAAUGUAGUGGUUUCUUUCCAGCUUGAACAGUGGGUAAACAGAAGAGACUUGGCUCAGGGUUGGGAGAGUUGCCUUUUCACAAUUCCACCUAGAAAUGGGAUGACUGAGAAGACCUGGUUGGACCCACUGUCUGAGAUGCAGGUUCUCAGUGCUGCAUUUGCUUUAGGAUUUGAAGAAAAAUACAAAGAUUAUACAUUGCCAGGUUGUGUUUCUCCUUGCCAUGUCUGUGUCUCUGGGCAGCUUUUGCUUUCCCUCUUGAAGGGAAGCUGUAUGUGUAUCCUGUGAGGGGGUGGGUGGUGGGGUGGGGAAGGUUCACUGCCAUGUAUGGAGAGUUUCUUGGUGGUGGGAUCAGCUGGAACUCAAAGAGUUUAUAAGACUGAACCCCAGUGACCUGGCCUAAUGGUAUGUCUUUGUUCCCUCCUCCAUUAGAAAUCUCCAUGUUAAUUUAUUUCAUGAAGGCAAUUAUUUAUUAUUGGGGGUUUUCAUUUCAUUUUUCAUUUACCUUAGAGGGAGGGGUUUGGGAGGGAAAAGGGGUGGGAGAAAGGAAGCAAAUGGGUAUGGGGAGUUUUAUGGUCUCCCUCACCCUGUGGUUGUAAGAAAAUCUAUAUGGACAGGGAAUCAGUCUUGGCUGGAAAUUAGAGGAUUUGACCAAAGUGUAGACUGUAGUUAGGACCAAUGCAUUUUUAGGUGGUGAUUUCCUAGGAUUAGUGUGGAAGCCAUGGAAUUGGCUGCAAAGUGAGAAGGGAGGAAACAAAGUGUCCUGGUUUGGGACCUUCAGUGGAUUUCAUUCCUGGAAUGGGGAAGUGGCCUAUGGCUUUGGAGCAUUGGCUGCCUUUUCAGUUCCUUGGAGCUUGUCUGUUGAUGAUAGAUUUGGAAGGAGGGAAACACAAACUUGGUUUCAGGAUAAGGAACAUUCUAACUCCUAAAGUAUAUCCUUUGAUGAAUAUGCUGAAUUUGGCCAUUUUUUCCAAUGGGAAGGAAUUGUGUUAGCAUCAUUCCUCCCCUCUCCUGAAUCUUGGGUUUGACUUCCAUUUUCAGAAGCAAACUAGUCAUUCUGGGCUCAACUUUUUCUUGGUGACAGUGUCUAGGAUAGUCCAUUCUUUAAGCAUAAAUACUGCCCAUUUUAGGAUUGGCAUUGGGUUUUUGAGUUGCUAGGGUUUUAUUAUUGGCUGAGGUGAGAAGGAUGAGCCAGACAAAUAGCCUUUGCCUGACAAGCUUUCCGAAGGUGAGAGCUGUAGCUGAUGACCAUGUCUCCUCAGGCUGGGAGGUUGCAGCAAGUUCCUUUGGUGGGUCAUUUCUGUUUCCUCCCAGCCCUAUGAGGAGAGCAUGACCAGACUGACCCUAGGAGUAAGAGCUUUUGUGAAUUUUCUGUCCAAACACUGUUUCCAUUGUUCAAAGGACUAGGUGUACUGAGUUGUCAUCCCCAAGAAGGGGGACAAAGAGAAGAUGGAUAAUAGGGGUGUGUGCACAAUACAAGUGCACAUGUAUGUACUGUUGUCUAAAAAUGCCAAAAGUGGAACCUUAGAGCUUACUUUCUCUCUGUUUUCAUAGGCAUUCUGUCAGACAUACCUAACUCUGCUACUCAUAGAAGCCUUAGAUCUACAGUUUAGCUAUGCAAAUUAUUUUUGAUUAAUUUAAGAAUAGCAGUUCAAACCAGUGUUUUCUCUUUCAGACACUUCCCACGAGUUGACAGUAAAGGGGCUCCACUGGCACAGGCUCAGGUUUAAACUGGCACAGUAGAAGGGAACCAAUCUGAACCCACUGGGUUCAUUCACUACCUGACUUGUGCUGGUGGCUCCAAAGACCCAAUACCAGGAAGGGUCUUUAGUUAUGUGUUGGGGGGAGGGAGGCUAUGCCUUUCCUGCUGCCAUUUUACACACCCACCUCUUAGAAAUCACUGACACUGAUUGUAUCAUCACUUUGUCACUAGAGUUGGUGGGCAGGCUAAUGAGGUGGAACUGGCACCAGGACCAGGAUCACAGAUCCCUAAGCAGGAUAGUGAACAGUGAAAGACCCCUUGGUGUUUGCCAGGUCAUGAAUGGUCUCACAGGGUUGGCUGUAAUGAGGGCAUGUACCUGCCUUCUUUUCUUUCACAUGUGGUACCAGGGGUUACUUCCCACAGUCACAAACACCUGCUCCAUCUUUGAAGGCCAAAGCUUUGGGAGGCUGGUCUUGCUGAAGAAGGCCUUCUUUGAUGAUCGGGGUUGUAGAUUUUGUGGGAAAGUGGGAUGGUUGGGGGAUCUGAGUUUCUGAGGGUUUUAUAAUGAAUUUUAGAAAAACAAAACCCUGUCUUUACUGCUGCCUUUCUGUGUAUGUCUGUCAUGUAUGUUUGUGUACACACGUGUGUGUGGGCUUUAUGUAUGUGAGGGAAGCAGAUGGUGUCAUGGAGGCCAUGAGAAUCAUAUUCUUCUUGCCUGCCUUCACUGAGGGAGGGACAAAUGGCAGUGGCUUUCACUGUCCAGAUUAUGUAUGGUAAAGAUGGAAUAAGGAGGAGGGUAGUGUAUCCAAGGUAAUUCUUGGACUGGUGACAUCUCUGGGUUUGGGUUUUUUUUUAAACCGUAUACAUCUGGUUUAUUAUAGAUUUGCUGCUUAUACAUUUUGCUCUUAGUCAUAAGGGCACAGUACAAUUAUGAUACAGAAACAGCUGUAGUGAAGCUAACUUUGGAUUUGAACUACACUCUUCCAUUUUUUUAAAUGUCUUUGUGGUCUUGAAUUGGUGCAGAUGUUAUCAAUAUUUAUGAUUCAUGUAUAAGUUGGAAAAGGAAUAAACUCUGUGUCCUAGAGCAGUUUCAUCCAGUCCAAAUACACAUCCGAGACUGACUUUACUUGACUUCUAUGCUCCUUAAACUAGGAGUAUCGAUUCCUAUAACAUCUUAGCCAGAAACAACUCCCAAUCAGACACUGCUUUAUAGCUAAAAAUUCAAGGUGAUUUCUGCACACCCCUAAUUCACAUCUACAUCCAUUAUCUACCCAAAUUUCCUCAUCCAGAAGUCUGAAUGAAAGAGAAAUGAGCCAUUUCAAAAUUUCAAUUUUGCUGCCUGGUUGAAAAAGUGAACCAAACUAGCAGUCUUUCUUGGUGAGAAUCUUUACUAGAUCUUACCCAAAAAGUGGCAUCAGCAGAAUAGGGCCUUUUCAGUCAUUGCCAAGAGCCCAUGUUCUUUUGUUUGAUCCUAUUUAUAUCAAAUGUAAGAUGCACUAUUUGAGCACGAGUCAUCUUGUCAAUGUCUUUUAACUGAAUACGUGAUAUGUACCUGACAUUCCUCUCUUCUCUUUGUCAAGAGAAGAGCCCAUUCCUCACUUGACACGGCUAUGACCUCCCUAAAUCCUACCAAUUUCUCUUAGUGAAAUAACACCCAGCUUCUCCCUUCUCAUUCAGUCAUACCUACAAAGAAAACUGACCCCUUUCAGUCACCAGCUUGAAAUAUUCUGAAAACAGGUGCCUGGCCCAAGCAAUCAUGCGCUCAGUCUCUUCAGAGAUCAGAGGAGAAGCUUCCUUACUUGGCUGUAAUCUGUUCCUGGUUCAGAGCGGAGGCUUAGCCUUCGGUCUGGUUCUAAGUGUGUUCUUCUGGAAGAUUACCCUUUAUCUUUCUUCUUCGCUGUCUCAGGUCUUUCUGCCUAAGGUUGUAGCGCUGGAUGUGCCUACUCCUUAUUGCCUGAUCCAUUUCAUUCCUCUGUCCUAGACCAUACGGACAACCGAGUCUUAAAACUUCUAAAUUCUUGGCCAAGCAGAUUGUAACUUCUCUACCUACCAUGAACCCUCAAACCAAAAUUAGGGCACUCAGUCAUGAGAGAACAUGAGAUCCACUGGCCUUGGUCCAGUGCCUUUGUGUAAAUCUGCCUUUUUAAAAAGAGGUCCUGUAACUAAGUAAUUUGUCAUUUUAGGAAGGGGCAGACUACUCUUUAUAGCAGCUGAAGUGACGUGUUUUCUCUCCUGGGCAUCUCUGUAAGGAUGGUGUUUUAAGUAUAUUGCUCAGGACCUCAUACUGUGAUGUAACCCAGGACUAGGUGGCAGCAUGAGCAUAGCCUGAACUUGGAAGAUUGUUUCCAAUCUGGAUGUGUUCAUUAAAACUGCUCUUAGGAGGGUCUUAAGAACAUCGUGGGGGAAAGGGAGACUAGAGGAAUCCCCAACCCCAUCCCAGGACUGACUUUUUUCCUAUAACUUGAAUUGAUGAGCACCAUCUACUGAGGGUGGGUGGGGUAGGAUUGAUCAGUGGACCAGGUUCAAGGGAGGCCAAGAGGGGAGUUGCACUGGAUGAGCACUAAGGCCACACUGCUGAUAGGAAUGGGGAGGCACUUGGGACCCAGUAACUGGCUUUGGUUUUCAGUUUUCUUUUCCUUUGGAUGCCAUUUGAGUCUGGGGUCUGCCUUUGGGGAUUGAAAAGAAGAGAUUCUGUAUCAGGGCCGGCUGGCCCGCACGAAUGAUCAUGUGCUUCCCUCUUCUCUCUGUGAGGCAGGAUGUCUCCUGCCCCAGGGACUGGACAACUGGUCGUUUCUAUGACGUAUUUAUUUUUACUUGUGUUUCAUGUCACUUUUUUUAAAAAAGCAAACAGAACAAUUGUAAGUCAGUAUAACUGCCUAUCGGUUUUCUUUCUCUCUUUUUGUAAAAUAAAAUUUAAAAUAAAAAAAAAAAGAGGCA